AUGGCUUCUUUGGAGCUUCAGGAAGAAAAUGUUCGGGGAACAGUUCUGAAACCCUUCCCAUGGUCUCAGCUUCUAACCAGCUCUUCCUCCUGUAUCAAAAUCUCGACACCUGAACUGACCUUCCAAGAGCUGAUAUGUUGUCCUGUAAACAAACAUGGCACACUGCAUUCCACCUCCACCUCCUUGUUCAUGUCUUGGCUGAAGGUGCCACCAGAGUCUACUACCUGGGCAUCCGUGAAGUGGACUGGAACUAUGCUCCCUUGGGGAAAAACACCAUCACAGGACAAAGCAUAGCAAAUGAUAUGAUAGCCUCUAGCUUUCUCCAGCCUGCCGAGAACAGAAUUGGCAGCAUCUACAGGAAAUCUGUGUAUAAGCAAUACUUAGAUGAAACGUACACAUCAGAAAUACCCAAACCCUCCUGGCUGGGAUUCCUUGGGCCCAUCAUACGAGCUGAAGUGGGUGACACCAUCAUUGUACACCUGAAGAAUUUUGGCAGGCGACCAUUCACCAUUCAUCCUCAUGGUGUCUUCUACAAGAAGGACUCAGAAGGAUCCCUGUACCCUGAUGAGUCCUCUUCCCAAGACCUUAAGAAGGAUGAUGCCAUCCCCCCGGGCAGGAACCACACAUAUACUUGGACUGUUCCUGAGGAUCAUGGUCCAACAGAUGAUGACCCAGCCUGUUUAACAUGGAUCUAUCAUUCUCAUGUUGAUGCAGCAAAAGACAUUGCCACUGGCUUAAUUGGGCCGCUGCUGAUAUGCAGAGAAGGGACUCUGAAGAGCGUUUCUCAAAGGCGGCAUGACGCGGACCUCGAUUUCUUUCUGAUGUUCAGCGUGGUUGACGAGAAUGAGAGCUGGCACCUGGAUCAAAACAUUGCCUCCUUCUGCGGAGAUCCAAGCACUGUUGAUGAGGAAGACGAGGGGUUCAGGGAGAGCAACAAGAUGCAUGCAAUUAAUGGUUACGUGUUUGGGAACCUCCCUGAGAUGACCAUGUGUGCUGGGGAUCACGUGUCAUGGCAUCUUUUUGGGAUGGGCAAUGAGAUUGAUAUCCACACCGUCUUCUUCCAUGGACAGACCCUGAUUGUCCGGGGCCACAGGACUGACGUGGCCAGCCUCUUCCCAGCCACUUUUGUGGCAGCAGAAAUGAUCCCACGACACAUUGGGAAAUGGCUGUUGAACUGCGCGGUCCAUGAUCACCUGCAAGCUGGGAUGGAGGCUCUCUAUGAAGUCAGGAACUGCUCCUAUCAGAAUCCAGAGCCUGCCCUGAAAGGGAAACUUCGCAAAUACUACAUAGCGGCAAAGGAAGUUCAGUGGAAUUACGGACCCUCAGGGUUAGACCUGGGCACUGGGGAAAGCCUGCUGCAGCCAAACAGUUUUUCAGAGCAGUUUUUCAAGCAGAAUUCCACUAGGAUUGGGGGAACAUACUGGAAGGUCCAAUACACUGAAUACAUGGAUGGAACUUUUCAGGUGGAGAAGGGGCGGACAAAAGAAGAAAAGCAUCUCGGAAUACUUGGACCAGUGAUCAAAGCUGAAGUCGGAGAUACUAUCCAGGUUACGUUUGCAAACAAAGCCUCUUGGCCUUUUAGCAUUCAGCCCCAUGGUGCGUUUUAUGAAAAGGAAUGGGAAGGAACUGCUUACCAGGAUGGCUUAUCUAGGAACGGAGCUGCUGUGAAGCCUCUGGGGAGCUUUGUGUACCGCUGGAUGGUCCCUCAACAUGUUGGGCCUACAGCCAACGACCCUCCUUGUCUGACCUGGAUGUAUUCUUCUGCAGCAGAUCCAGUCAGAGACACCAAUUCUGGCUUAGUGGGGCCCUUGCUUAUAUGUCGGCCUGGGACUCUUGAUGAACAUAAUAAGCAGAAAGGUGUUGAGAAGGAGUUUUAUAUCUUGUUUGGCGUGUUUGAUGAAAAUCUAAGUUGGUAUCUGGAUGCAAAUCUGAAGUACUUCUUGAGAAAGGACCAUCCUUUUCAAGAUCAAGACCAUCCUUUUCAAGAUCAAGACUUCAAGGAAUCCAACAGGAUGCACGCCAUUAAUGGGUUCCUGUUCAGCAACAUGCCUCUCCUAGAUGUCUGCAGGGAAGAAACUGUCUCCUGGCAUCUCUUGGGCUUUGGCAGUGAAGCCGAUGUCCAUGGCGCAACCUUCCAGGGAAAUACGGUCUUGAUGAAUGGGAUGAGGCGAGAUGGAGCCAGUCUCUUCCCUCACACAUUUGCCACAGCCCUCAUGCAGCCAGAUAGCGAAGGGACUUUUGAAGUAUACUGUCAGACUAGCAACCACUACCAGUCUGGGAUGAGAGGACGUUACUCAGUUCAGCAGUGUGGGAAGAACACACUGUUUCCAGACCAGCAAUAUGAGCAAGUGAGGACCCUCUACAUCAUGGCACAAGAAGUGGAGUGGGACUAUGCUCUGGAUCGCCAUUGGGCACUGGAAAGAUAUAACAGCUCUGCGGAGGAGAGCAUUCACAGGUAUAGCGACGUGUUUCUGAGUGGCAAGAACGGACUCCUUGGCUCCCGGUACAAAAAAGCAGUGUACAGGGAAUACACGAAUGGGACGUUCAAGACCCCAAAGAGCAGGACGGAUGGCGAGGAACACCUAGGGAUCCUGGGUCCGUUCAUCUGGGCAGAAGUGGGAGACGUCCUCAAUAUUGUGUUCAAGAACAACGCCACACGGCCUUACUCCCUUCAUGCCCAUGGAGUCCUGGAGAAGAACAGCAACAAAGGCUCGGAAGCAGCAAUGCCUGGUGAAAUUGUCACCUAUCGGUGGGAUGUUCCUGAAAGAUCUGGCCCAGGACCUAAUGAUUCUGCCUGUGUCUCUUGGAUCUACUAUUCCAGUGUGGAUCCUGUAAAGGAUGUGUUCAGUGGUCUCAUUGGCCCCCUAAAGGUCUGCCGUAAAGGGACGCUGGAUUUAGAUGGGAGAAGGAAAGGUGUCAACAAGGAGUUUGCACUCCUCUUCUUGAUUUUUGAUGAAAAUCAGUCCUGGUACCUGGAGGAGAAUGUGCAAAAGUAUGCCCAAGGGGACUGGGUUCAUUCCCACCGAGAGGACGAAGAGUUUCUGGAGAGCAACAAGAUGCACGCCAUCAAUGGUAAACUCUAUGCAAACUUGCCUGGGCUGACAAUGUACGAAGGAGACUGGGUGAACUGGUACCUGCUGGGAAUGGGCCAGGAGAUUGACAUCCACACAGUUCAUUUCCACGCUGAGACCUUCCUUUAUCGGAGUGGCAAGACGUACAGAGCAGAUGUGGCGGACCUCUUCCCCGGGACCUUUGAAGUGGUGGAGAUGCUGGUUGGCAAUCCUGGAACAUGGCUGCUUCAUUGCCAUGUGGCCGAUCACAUCCAUGCUGGAAUGGAAACCCUCUUCACAGUCUUUCCUAAGCAUGAUUCAGUGCUUCUGAAGACCAAUUCCUAUACAGAGACACCUCCUGAAGAUGAAGACAAUGGCCAUCACUUUGUUUUGUUCGGGUCAAAACUCGCCCAUAGCCAAGUAGAGGCGACCAUUAUUUUCCUUGCCGUCACCGGUGUCUUGCUGUUCCUCAUUGCCUGCACCUUUCUGGGAGUGAUAAUUUACCUGCAGAGACAAAAGAGGCUGAGACGCAACAGGAGGUCCAUACUAGACGAAGGGUUCAAGCUUAUGUCUACAAAAAAGCACUAACAUCUGGAGAGGAGUGGCGGAGGUUUUUGUGGCCUUUGAGCUGCAUGCAAGGAGGAAGUGCCUUGAAAUGCCUUUUGCAAAAUAAAAAUAAAAAUAAAUCACUUUGGGAGCUAUGUUUCAAAACCACCCGUGAUGUUGUCCUCUUAGGGAAAAUAAAAAAGGAAACAUCUCCAAAUGCCAUCCAGUGCCUAGUUUUCUACUUUCUAUUCAGGACUCAAAGUAAGCCCCAAUAAGUUUAAUCUGGCACAUUUAUACAAUAAUCCUGUAAUCCUCCAGAACUUGGGGAGCCAGCUGACAAGCAAGGAUCAAUCCGGAGCAAUUUUUCAUAUUAUAAGAAAGGAGAUUGCGCUAUACAUCAGGAAGAGCUCUGCAGCAGCAGAACAGACACCCUUGGAAGGCAUUGGACUCCCCUUCAUUGGGGUUUUUUAGAGAGAGGCUGGAUGGCCAUCUGUUUGGGACCCUUUAGCUGUGAUUCCUGCAUUGCAGUGGGUUGGACUACAUGACCCUUGGGGUCCCAUCCAACUCUAUAAUUCUAUGAUUCUGUGGAACAAAGUUCCUGGAUCUGCAGCAUUCCCUUGGUCUUUUUUUUGCUCAGGGAAGCCACCCAUCCUGCUGCUCUCUCUCCUUCUGCUCCUAUUUGGGAUUUUUCAGACAGUCUGCUUGGCUACUAUCUGCUCCAGCAGGCCUAACUGACCUUAUCAGCCAACUGAAGAGAAACAACAUGUGUGGGGAGGAAUCUUCCCAGGGAAGCAUGGGGGAGGAGGGAGCAAAUACUCCAUGGGACUGUUUUCUCUAUAUGGGACUGUUUUCUAACGGCAAAUUCUUUUCCCUGCUUUGAUCUGCUUCUAUCUCCUCCCAUCCCUUCAUGAACAGAAAGUAAAAACAAGGAAAUCAUACAGUGUGACUUCUGUUUGUCUCUGCUGGGGAAAAAGAGGUGAUUUUUUCCUAAUUGGCCAUUGCAGUAAAAUAGUCAUGA